AUGGGCCAUGGGCAGGUUUGCAGGGAGAAGCGGAGGCAGUGGAUGCUGGCCCAAGGCUGGUCUGAAGUUCUGGCUAUGGACUGGGGGCAGCUGCCUCCUGGCCUCUUCCAGUCACCAUCUCCAGGAACCUCACAGCUGGCCACAGUGGAGACUAGUAGCGCCCCCUCCCCUAAACCCUUUCUCGUAGGUCGCGCCCCCACCCUGUCGUCGCUAAGGGCGGGGCCGCGUCGGCAGUUCGCGGAGGCGCGGGGUCUGCGGCGCCGGCUUACGAGCCCCGGAGUCCGCUGGGGCCCCGGGGCUCGGCCCCCUGCCCGGGCCCGGGCGGGGCCGCUCGGCUCUCACGAGCUCGCUCCACCGCAGAAGUGCCUGCGCCUGGACCCGGCUGCGCCCGUGUGGGCCGCCAAGCAGCGCGUGCUCUGCGCCCUCAACCACAGCCUGCAGGACGCGCUCAACUACGGGCUUUUCCAGCCGCCCUCCCGGGGCCGCGCUGGCAAGUUUCUGGAUGAGGAGCGACUCCUGCAGGAGUACCCGCCCAACCUGGACACGCCCCUGCCCUACCUGGAGUUUCGAUACAAGCGGCGUGUUUAUGCCCAGAACCUCAUUGACGACAAGCAGUUUGCAAAGCUCCACACAAAGGCGAACCUGAAGAAGUUCAUGGACUAUGUCCGGCUACACAGCACUGACAAGGUGGCCCGCCUGCUGGACAAGGGGCUGGACCCCAAUUUCCAUGACCCUGACUCAGGAGAGUGCCCUCUGAGCCUCGCAGCUCAGCUGGACAAUGCGACGGACCUGCUGAAGGUGCUGAGGAACGGCGGUGCGCACCUGGACUUCCGCACUCGUGAUGGGCUCACCGCGGUGCACUGUGCCACACGCCAGCGGAAUGCAGCAGCACUGACGACCCUGCUGGACCUGGGGGCUUCACCUGACUACAAGGACAGCCGUGGCCUGACACCCCUGUACCACAGUGCCCUGGGGGGCGGGGAUGCCCUCUGCUGUGAGCUGCUUCUCCACGACCAUGCUCAGCUUGGGACUGCCGAUGAGAACGGCUGGCAGGAGAUCCACCAGGCCUGCCGCUUCGGGCACGUGCAGCACCUGGAACACCUGCUGUUCUAUGGAGCCAGCAUGGGGGCUCGGAACGCCUCCGGGAACACGGCCUUGCACAUCUGUGCACUGUACAACCAGGAGAGCUGUGCCCGUGUCCUCCUGUUCCGUGGAGCCGACAAGGAUGUCCGCAACUACAACAGUCAGACGGCCUUCCAGGUGGCCAUUAUCGCAGGGAACUUUGAGCUUGCAGAGGUAAUCAAGACCCACAAAGACUCGGAUGUCGUACCAUUCAGGGAGACCCCCAGCUAUGCAAAGCGGCGGCGACUGGCUGGCCCCAGUGGCUUGGCCUCUCCUCGGCCCCUGCAGCGUUCGGCCAGUGAUAUCAACCUGAAGGGUGCUGUGCAGCCAGCAGCCUCCCCUGGGCCCUCGCUCCGAAGCCUCCCCCACCAACUGCUGCUGCAGCGGCUGCAUGAGGAGAAAGGCCGUGACCGGGAUAGCGACGAUGUUGACCGAGACAGCGACGCUGGCCUCUCGGCAGGGGGGGUCAGCCAGAGCAGAGUCAGGUGUUUGGGAGGCAUUGCUGAGCGAGCUGCCAAGUACACUGCUUGUUGUUUCAUGGUGCCCGCGCCCCCCGCACCGCCGCCCCGGGGCCCGAAGCGGAAACUUUACAGCGCCGUCCCCGGCCGCAAGUUCAUCGCCGUGAAGGCGCACAGCCCGCAGGGCGAGGGCGAGAUCCCGCUGCACCGCGGCGAGGCCGUGAAGGUGCUCAGCAUCGGGGAGGGCGGUUUCUGGGAGGGGACCGUGAAAGGCCGCACGGGCUGGUUCCCGGCUGACUGCGUGGAGGAGGUGCAGAUGAGACAGUAUGACACCCGGCACGAAACGCGGGAGGACCGGACAAAGCGGCUUUUCCGCCACUACACCGUGGGCUCCUAUGACAGCCUCACCUCACACAGUGACUAUGUCAUCGAUGACAAGGUGGCCAUCCUGCAGAAACGGGACCAUGAGGGCUUUGGCUUUGUGCUCCGGGGGGCCAAAGCAGAGACCCCCAUUGAGGAGUUCACGCCCACCCCAGCCUUUCCCGCUCUCCAGUACCUCGAGUCCGUGGAUGUGGAGGGCGUGGCCUGGAGGGCCGGGCUCCGCACUGGAGACUUCCUCAUCGAGGUGAACGGGGUGAACGUGGUGAAGGUCGGACACAAGCAGGUGGUGGCUCUGAUCCGCCAGGGUGGAAACCGCCUUGUCAUGAAGGUCGUGUCGGUGACAAGGAAGCCGGAGGAGGACGGGGCUCGGCGCAGAGCCCCGCCGCCCCCUAAGAGGGCCCCCAGCACCACUCUGACCCUGCGUUCCAAGUCCAUGACGGCCGAGCUCGAGGAACUCGCCUCCAUCCGGAGAAGAAAAGGGGAGAAGCUGGACGAGAUCCUGGCAGCCGCCGCGGAGCCCACGCUGAGGCCGGACAUCAUGGAUGCCGACUCCAGAGCCGCCACGGUCAAACAGCGGCCCACCAGUCGGAGGAUCACCCCUGCGGAGAUCAGUUCCUUGUUUGAGCGCCAGGGCCUCCCGGGCCCAGAGAAGCUGCCUGGCUCCCUGCGGAAGGGGAUCCCACGGACCAAGUCUGUAGGGGAAGACGAGAAGCUGGCGUCCCUGCUGGAAGGACGCUUCCCUCGGAGUACUUCGAUGCAGGACUCCGGGCGCGAGGGCCGCGGCAUCCCGCCUCCGCCGCAGACCGCGCCGCCGCCCCCGCCCGCGCCCUACUACUACGACUCAGGGCCGCCGCCCACCUUCUCGCCGCCACCGCCGCCGGGCCGCGCCUACGACACCGUGCGCUCCAGCUUCAAACCUGGCCUGGAGGCACGCCUGGGAGCGGGGUCCGCUGGUCUCUACGAGCCCGGGGCACCUCUUGGCCCCCUGCCCUACCCUGAGCGGCAGAAGCGCGCGCGCUCCAUGAUCAUCUUGCAGGACUCGGCGCCCGAGGCGGGCGAUGCCGCCCGGCGCGCGCCCCCCGGCCGCUGCCUCGUGCUGCCGUCCCCCGUCUCCGCGCUGAAGCCAUUGGUCAGCGGCCCAAGCCUUGGGCCCUCCGGCUCCACCUUCAUCCACCCGCUCACCGGCAAACCCUUGGACCCCAGCUCACCCCUGGCUCUGGCGCUGGCUGCCCGAGAGCGGGCCCUGGCCUCCCAGGCACCCUCCCGGUCCCCCACGCCUGUGCACAGCCCUGACACUGACCGACCUGGCCCCCUGUUUGUCGAUGUGCAGGCCCGCGACUCAGAGCGAGGGGCUCUGGCCUCCCCAGCCUUCUCACCUCGGAGCCCCGCUUGGAUACCGGUUCCUGCUCGGAGGGAGGCCGAGAAGGCCCCUAGGGAGGAGCGCAAGUCCCCUGAGGACAAGAAGUCCAUGAUCCUCAGUGUUUUGGACACGUCUCUGCAGCGGCCAGCCGGCCUCAUUGUUGUGCACGCCACCAGCAACGGGCAGGAGCCCAGCAGGCUGGGAGCCGAAGAGGAGCGCCCGGGCACCCCCGAGCUGGCCCCGGCCCCCAUGCAGUCCCCAGCUGCCACAGAACCCCUGCCCAGCCCGCGAGCCCCGCCCCCUGGCAGCACUCCUGCAGAGCCGGGGCCAGGACAAGGCAGCUCAGAGGAGGAGCCAGAGCUGGUUUUUGCUGUGAACCUGCCACCGGCCCAGCUGUCAUCCAGUGAUGAGGAGACCAGGGAGGAGCUCGCCCGCAUUGGGCUGGUGCCACCCCCUGAAGAGUUUGCCAACGGGAUCCUGCUGGCCACCCCACUCCCCGGCCCGGGCCCCUCGCCCACCACGGUGCCCAGCCCGGCCUCAGGGACGCCUAGCAGUGAGCCACCCCCUGCCCCUGAGUCUGCAGCCGAUUCUGGGGUUGAGGAAGCGGACACUCGAAGCUCUAGUGACCCCCACCUGGAGACCACAAGCACUAUCUCCACCGUGUCCAGCAUGUCUACCCUGAGCUCGGAGAGCGGGGAGCUCACUGACACCCACACCUCCUUCGCCGACGGACACACUUUUCUACUCGAGAAGCCACCAGUGCCUCCCAAGCCCAAGCUCAAGUCCCCGCUGGGGAAGGGGCCGGUGACCUUCAGGGACCCGCUGCUGAAGCAGUCCUCGGACAGCGAGCUCAUGGCCCAGCAGCACCACGCCGCCUCUGCCGGGCUGGCCUCUGCCGCCGGGCCUGCCCGCCCUCGCUACCUCUUCCAGAGAAGGUCCAAGCUGUGGGGGGACCCCGUGGAGAGCCGGGGGCUCCCUGGGCCCGAAGACGACAAGCCAACUGUGAUCAGUGAGCUCAGCUCGCGCCUGCAGCAGCUGAACAAGGACACACGCUCCCUGGGGGAGGAGCCGGUCGGCGGCCUGGGUGGCCUGCUGGACCCUGCCAAGAAGUCGCCCAUCGCAGCAGCUCGGCUCUUCAGCAGCCUCGGCGAGCUGAGCUCCAUCUCAGCGCAGCGCAGCCCCGGGGGCCCGGGCGGCGGGGCCUCCUACCCGUCCGCCUGCGUGGGCCGCCGCGCACCCCCCCCCAGCCGCUCUCCUUCGCCGUCGCCGCUGCCCUCGCCGGCUCAGGGCCCUGGCCCGGGCGCCUCGGGCCCGCGCCGGCCCUUCCAGCAGAAGCCGCUGCAGCUGUGGAGCAAGUUCGACGUGGGCGACUGGCUGGAGAGCAUCCACCUGGGCGAGCACCGCGACCGCUUCGAGGACCACGAGAUCGAGGGCGCUCACCUCCCCGCGCUCACCAAGGACGACUUCGUGGAGCUGGGCGUCACGCGCGUGGGCCACCGCAUGAACAUC